UCUCCGUCUUCUCCCAAGAAACCAGAUCGAUCUUCAAUAUUUCUUCCAUUCUCACCAUCCUCUCCUUUGUUUCAUCUAGAAGCUUCUUUGUGAACUCAAAACCCUUUUUCAAUUUAUGCUCCAAUCUCGACAAUGGGAUCGAUGUGGUGCGUAACUUACCAAAAACGUACCAUCUGCUCAUUCGUCUUCAUAGCAGCUAUUCGUCGAUUCCUCUUGCGGAUCCGAAAGUGGUUGCCUGAAGACAAUCAGAUUGUUCGUUUUCUAACCUGUUUAAUUUUUGUAAAUAUUUUCCGUCGUUCUAAAUAAAACUGUAAUGAACAAGAUGUAUCAAUCUACAACAUGGUUGCAUUAUUCUGGUACAAAUUGUGACGACGAAACGUGGUUCCCCAACGCUUCUGUGCACCUUUUUUGGAAGUUAUUUCCCCCCAAAACCACUUGCAUAACCCUAACCCUAGCUCUUCUGAACGGAUGGUGGUCACCGCGGACUUUUUCAAUGAUAAAUUUGGAGAACCCAUGGGAGAUACUUGAUGGUUUCAUCAAGGUGCGGCGCUCUCCUUGGAUUAACCAGUCGGCGCUCCCAUUGAUUCAACACAAUCUUCCUUCUGAAAUGGUGAACAUAAAUGAGUUUCCAAGUGACGGAACAAUGAAUUCAAAUGGAAGCGAUCGGAGCAAUUUCAGGACUCCGAUAAUCAGAAAUGUAAAGGAAGAACCGUUAAUGGAAAUGGAAAAUGAAGAUCGAGUCCUUUACUCCGGAAAUACCUUGGCUGGAGAUGGGGAAGCGGAAAUUCCAGUAAUUGGGAUGACCUUUAAUUCAUUUGAAGAAGUCCGAGAAUUCUAUGGGAAAUAUGCUGCUGGAAAAGGUUUUGACAUAAUCACAAGAAGCACAAAGUCAGAUGUUGAAGGGAAAAUCAAGUAUUACACCCUUGCAUGUUCUCGUUCAGGAAAGGCAGUUUGUACCAGAAAGUGCCAUUUACUGUCCAAGUCAGUUGUUAAAACCAACUGUAAAGCCAGAAUAAAUAUUAGGACAUCUCGUGAUGGUAAGCUUUAUUUAUCUGGAUUUACUUCCGAACAUAAUCAUGAACUAAGUCAUGGAAAUUCGAGCUGCAAUACCUGUACUACUAGUUUGGGGCCUCAUCUAGAACGACUAGUUGAAUAUGAUGAUCAGGUGGAAACACAAGUCAAUAACAAUUUUCAACUGCUUGCUAGCAAUGAAAAUCUUCAUUCUAGAAAUGAAGAAAUUAUAAACUAUAUUGCUAGAUCUGGAAGUUUAAGACUUGGUGAAGGUGAUAUAGAAAGCAUCUUCGAUUAUUUUGUGCACAUGCAAAAACAAGAUACUAACUUUUUUUAUGUUUCAAAUAUGAAUGAGGAAUGUUGUCUGAGAAAUGUUUUCUGGGCCGAUGGGAGGUCUCAGGCCCUUUAUGAGUCUUUUGGAGAUGUUGUUGCAUUUGAAUCUACGUAUCUGAAUAGUGACUACAAAUUGCCAUUGGUCUCUAUUGUCGGUGUUAACCACCAUGGGCAAUUGAUAUUGCUUGGUUGUGGCAUACUAUUCGAUGACGACAAGGAGAGCUAUAUGUGGCUCUUUAGGUCAUGGUUGAAGUGUGUGUGUGGUCGUCCUCCGAAGGCAAUUGUAACAAAUCAAUGCCCUUCUGUUCAAGCAGCAGUGUCAGAGGUCUUUCCAGAAACUAGGAAUCGACUAUGCCUUCAAGACAUAAUGAGAACGAUUUCCUUAGAGUUGUGUGGAUUGACCAACUAUUUGGCAAUAAAAAAUGCACUAGAGAGUAGUGUCUUAGAGUCAUGUACAAUAGAGGAGUUUGAAGAAAGCUGGAAUUUAUUUAUCAAGGAAUUGAAGCUCGAGAAUAAUGACCGGCUGAGGACCCUGUAUUUAGAUCGUGCAAAGUGGGUUCCUGCAUUUCUAAAGACAACAUUUUGGGCAGGGCUUUCUUCUGCUAACGAGCAAAAUGAAAAUGUGAAUGGUUUUUUUGAUGGUCACAUCCUACCUGAAACCACCUUGAAGCAAUUCAUGGACCAAUUCAAUGCUAUGUUAAGAAGCAAGAUUGAGAAGGAAGAGCAUGCUGAUUCUAUAUCUUCCAGUUUUGUCAUACCCACAAUAACUGAUUUUCCUUUGGAAAAGCAGUUUCAGGAUGCAUAUACCAAUGAAAUGUUCAAGUUAUUUCAAGAAGAAUUGAUAGGGUUGAUCUACUGUAAUGCUUCUUUGGUUUCAUCUGAGGGUCCGAAACUUACUUUUGAAGUCAAAGACCAUGCUAGAAUGAAAGAUGGGUCAAGGAGAAAGGUGGUUUAUGAAGUGAUUUUUGACGAUGCCUCAUGUAAUGUGUGGUGCAAAUGUUGCUUGUUUGAAUCUCAAGGGAUUCUUUGUAGGCAUGCAGUUGCUGUAUUGGUUGAUCAGGAUGUCAAUGAGGUCCCAUCUUGUUAUAUUUUGUCUCGCUGGAGAAAGGACGUUAAUCGCAUGCACAAAGGCGUUAGUAGUUGCAAUGAGGUUUUGAAAUCCAAUGAGCAGAUGGUGUGUUUAGGUAAGCUACGCACCGCAUGUCACUCCAUUGUGGAAAUUGGAGCCGAAACCGAAGAAGGAUUUGAGUUGGCACUAAAUCUUUUGGAUGAAGUCAAGGAAAGAAUGUUUGAACACAAAUCCGAAAGUAGCAGAAAUAAUGAAGAGCCCUCGGGUUCUUCGGCAAAAGAUGGAGAGGCAGCAAAACAUUAUGGUGAGGAGUUGCAACGUUCGUUGGUAGUGCGACGUAGAGGUCGACCUCCAACUAAAAAGAAGAAGGUACACUUUUCUCCUGACACGUGGACGAACAACCCAUCUGCAAGAAAUAAUUCCAAUGGACAGAAUUUACGGGGUAAUGCUGACACCCUGACCUUUAAUGCAUCUUUUGGUGGUUCCUAGCAAUGCAUAACCAAAGUUAGAAGAUUCUGGAAGAUCCAUGGAAUAUGGCAUGGUCUGUGGCUACUUGAUGAAGAAAACCACCGUCAUUCUAUUUAGCAUGCGCAAUAAGUUAGUACUCAAAUUUUCUAUUACAUUAGAGAUCAUGUUUGUGGCAUUACUUCUGUGAAGCACAUGGUCAAAUCAAGAUUAUGUUGCUUCACAGUGACCUAGAGGAGUUCAUGGUUUUCAAUUGCUGGGUGAUGUAAGUAAUAAGCUCUAUCAUAUCACAUACCGAAUAAUGGGGAUAUUGUCUUGUUCUUUCAUUUCUUGUUCACCAUAGAAAAUUCAGUCCACUUUAUCUUGCAUAUACAUGUAUGCAAAAGUCCCAGAGACAAAUUCUAUUGGAUUUGAGAUGUAUGUUCUAGAUACGGAUUAUGUACUCAUACCUUAUAUCUGCCCCUUCACAACCCGGACAAAUUCUGUGUA